GUGCCCCUCUCCCUGUCUCUCUCUCUAAUUUCCUUAGCUCUUAUUGUCUCUCUCUCUCUCUCUCUCUCUCUUCUGUGUUCUCUUUCCUUCUCUAUUUGUGUCAAAGCAUUUUCUCUCUCCUAGGGUUUUCCACCUGCUCUGCCGCCUCGGAGAUUGGUCGCUGGAGCUUAACAGAUCGGCCUUCCCUGUCCCGUUCUCUGGCUGCUGGCCUAUUUUGGAGCCUGAAUGCGAAGGAUCAGAAUACAUAUGUGGGAUUGAGCACACAAGUUUGCAGGUUAAGGCACUGCUGUACUUUGGAUGGAUGUUAUUCGUAGAAUAUACUGAUAUUAUAAAAGAGCUGAAGCCCAAGUACAACAUCUGUGGCCAAUUACACACUCAGAAGUUUCCAUGGUUGUAGAGUUGCAGAUUACUUGUUUACUCUCAGUGGACUGGGGGUACCUGCCUUGUGAUUCCUGCCAAAGGAUUACUGCUUAAUUGACCUGAGUGAUUGUUGUGUAUGGUUGUUUAGGGGUCAACUUUGGUCUUUGAGAUCUAUUUUGUUAGUAGGAAGCAUAUAGAUAUCAGAGGGUUUCUCUGUAUCCAUGCUGGCAGAGAGCAUGCGUGGAAUUUGUGGUUUGGGUAAUGCCCCUGACGAGAUUUGCUGCUGAUGCACUUGGUGUGGUGACAAUUUGUCUUGUUGCUGUUUUGGUUCUUCUUGGUCUGUUCUGCAUUCUGUAUACCUUCUACUUCCGAUCUCUCAUCCAUGGUCAAGGUUUUAUUCAGCUAAGUUAUUUUGGUGGCCCUUGGGUCAUUCGGAUUACAUUUGUCCUGUUUGCAAUCUGGUGGGGGUUUGGUGAGAUUGUUCGGUUAAAUUUGUUGAGGAAGGAGGGCAGAGUGUUGGAUGCUCUUAACGUGAAAUGGCAGGAAACUGUUUGCAAAUGUUACAUACUGUCAAACCUGGGGUUUGCAGAACCUUGCCUGUUUCUCACUCUUGUGUUUCUUAUUCGGGCAUCCUUACAGAAGGCCGAGUCAGGGCCACUGAAUCAAAAAUGGAAUGGAAAGACAGCAGGUUAUGUUCUCCUGUAUUGCCUCCCAGUUUUUAUACUCCAGCUCAUUAUUAUUGUCAUGGGACCACAAUUUAACAAGGGGCAGAGUCACGUGCACAAAUUACCGCAUUAUUUCACAAGUACAGCAGCUGUAUCUAAGAAAAGUAACCAAGAUGAUGUGGCCCUCUGCACCUACCCUUUACUGAGUACCAUUUUCCUUGGUGUUUUUGUUAUCAUCCUAACUGCCUACUUGUUCUGGCUUGGGAGGCGGAUUCUAAAUUUGGUCAUUAAUAAGGGUAUGCAAAGGAGAGUAUACACAUUGAUAUUUGCUGCUGCUGGUUUUUUCCCGUUGAGGGUUCUGUUGCUUGGUCUAUCUGUUUUAUCUAGCCCAGAACAAAUUCUGUUUGAAACUCUUGCUUUCUUAGCUUUCCUAUCCCUUUUAUGUUGUGCUGGGUUAGGUAUUCGCGUGCUUGUCAUCUGCCCAGUUGCAGAUUCUUUAGCCUUGAGGAACGUGCGCGACAUAGAGGCUAAUAGAAGGAUUAGUGAUCAACAGAAUGAUACUAUUUCGCUAAUAGCUAACCAAAGCCCUUUGGAUGAAAUUGUGGAAAGUCCUGGGAGAAGAUCUAGUAGUUCGGCAAAGCGUGGAUCCAUUUCUUUUCGGGCCAUGGAGAAAGAUGAAACCUCCAGGGAGUUUGUGGAACUAAGUCUUCUUUCUUCUAGUCAGCAUUCCACCCCACCAGGCUCACCCCAACUUCUCGGCUGGCCUAUGACCCCUCCUACGCAAGUUCAUGGAAUAUAAAAGCAAACAAUUGAGGACUUGUGGUAAAACUCAUUUUUGUGGUAAAGAAAAACUGUUUGUAAAGGGUUUAAUUUCAAUAAGGAUUGCAAUUUUUGGUUUUCUUUCUAGGUAUAAUGUUUUUGUUGCUACCCGCCCUUUUUUUUUCCCUUCUUUUUUGGGUGGAACUCUUGGUGUGUAUCUCGGCUAAUUUUUAUUUUGUGUAACCAUUUAAAGUUUGCAGCCAGUACUUGUGAUUGAUGCAUCCUCUUUCCUCCCUA